AUUGACUAAAAUAUUUUUUAGCGAUGGCUAUAAUGGUAAUAUCCGCGUUGGGCAUCACAGCUGGAGCCCACAGAUUGUGGGCCCAUAGAGCGUACAAGGCGAGGUGGCCGUUACGGUUCUUCCUGAUGAUCUGCCAAACGAUUGCCUUCCAAAAUCACAUCUACGAGUGGGUAAGAGAUCAUAGAGUGCAUCACAAGUUCACGGACACUGACGCUGACCCUCACAACGCGAAACGAGGAUUCUUCUUCUCCCACAUGGGCUGGUUACUCGUCCGAAAGCAUCCGGACGUGAUGAACAAAGGCAAGACUGUCGACAUGAGUGAUUUGGAAAAUGAUCCAAUCGUCGUUUGGCAAAAGAGAUUGUAUCUGCUCUUGAUGCCGCUGUGCACUUUUAUCAUACCGAUGUGGGUGCCUUGUUACUUCUGGAACGAGAAGCCGCUCAAUUCUUGGUACGUAACCAUGAUGAGAUACGCUAUAAGCUUGAACUUUACGUGGCUAGUAAACUCGGCCGCGCACAUCUGGGGAAUGAAGCCUUACGACAAGAGCAUCAGCCCCGUGGAGAACAAGUGGGUCGCUAUACUAACAGCGGGGGAGGGAUGGCACAACUACCACCACGUGUUCCCAUGGGAUUAUAAAGCGGGUGAAUUGGGCUUCUACAAAAUGAACUGGACCACAUUGUUCCUCGAUACGUGUGCUCGAUUCGGAUUGGCGUACGAUAUGAAAACCGUUCCCACCGAUGUUAUCAAGAAACGGUCGGGCAGGACCGGGGAUGGUACGUGGGAUCAUCACAAUAUCGAGGAAGCGAGAUGGGGCUGGGGCGACAAAGACAUGAAAGCCGACGAAGUAAAUGAAGUUGAAAUCAUCAACAAGAUCGAAUAAACAGGGGAUCAGCCUGGACCACCAAAAACCAACGUUCGCUCGAUUUGAUCGAUCGUUCGCAACGUCAGUAAUAAUCAAUAUUCCUCGUACAAUAAUGUUAUAACGCGGAACGGAAAGGCACAAAUGAAAUACUAGUUUUACUCUGGGAUUGACCGACGACCUCUUUUCGUGUUCGUCUCUAAAUGUUAAUUACUACUCCAUAUUAAAACAAGAUGCAUAUCCAAUUUAGAAUCGUAGACAUGCUUUUCCUAAAAAUGCACGUUUCACAAAGUUAAAUGAUUAUCCAACGACAAUUAGUUUGUAAUAAUCGAAGGAGAAUUAAUUAUUAAACGGGCCAUUCGUGGACAUUUUGCAGCUAA